GCGGAGGAGGGUGGCGUCCACGCGCCCACCCCACGCGCGUCACCGUCGCUCGCCCAAACUGCGGGCGCGUCGCACGCCGCCCUCCCAUCGUUUUCUCCCAUUCUUUCCCCCUCCUCCUCGUGCAACCACCCAACCACUGCAGCCAGCCACGAGCCGAGGAAGCCGAGGCCGAGGAGGAAGACGACGAAGACAAGUAGCGCAAGGAACCCUCGAACCGGGAGGCCGCCGCGGCUCCGAUCUGGGAGGGGGAGGUCGAGAUGGUGCCCAGGGACAGGGUGAAUGCCGCUGCCGCUGGUGGCGGCGGCGAGGGGAGGCUGGUCCAGAGCGGUAUAGUGAACAAGAAGUGUGAUAAGAAGGCUCCAAAGAGAAUCCAUAAAUCAGAGAGGGAGAAACUUAAGCGGGACAAGCAGAAUGACCUCUUUAAUGAGCUGGGAAACUUGCUAGAACCUGACAGGCAGAACAAUGGGAAGGCAUGUGUACUGGGUGAAACUACACGAAUACUAAAAGAUUUACUUUCACAAGUGGAAUCUCUCCGGAAGGAGAAUAGUUCACUGAAGAAUGAAUCUCAUUAUGUUGCAUUGGAGAGAAAUGAACUGCACGACGAUAACAGCAUGCUUCGUACUGAAAUCUUGGAGCUUCAAAACGAGCUUAGGACGCGGAUGGAAGGCAAUCCUGUUUGGAGUCAUGUAAACACCAGACCAGCUCUCAGGGUACCUUAUCCGACAACCGGAGUGUUCCCAGUACAGCACCUGCCACAUUUACCAGUCACCACGACGGCAGCAUUUCCUCAGCAGCUACCGGUUAUCAUCGAGCAGCACUAUGCCGCCACGCCAAGAGAACUUCAGCUCUUCCCUGAGUCUGCGACCAGCGAAGACAGCGAACCGUCACAAGAACACGGGAUUUCUGACCAUGUAACACGGCCUCAGCCAAGGUACCCAACACCAACGGCCACUUUGCCAGUAAACCUGUUUCCAGUGUUUCCAGGAAGACAAGAUCAACAAUGUAGCAGUGGUACUUCUGGCACUAACGAGGAAGACCGUAUAGGUAGAUCUUAGGUACACUACAUAACGAGAGGUCCACACAAUGAUUUGAGAAUUCCUUUAGUUUCAACGUUUAACUUUGCAAGUUUAGCAAAUGUGAAACAGAGAUCUGCGACUGUGCUCAUGGGUAGCACCUAAUCUGUAUAUCUGAAUCUCAGUUUUAAGUGGUCAAAUAGGUGACAUUCAGAAAAGUUUGAAAUGCUUUGAUUAUUCUGUA